GAGAAUGCCCUCACCCGUCUGAGCGGUUGGCUGAGAAUGCCCUCACCCGUCUGAGCGGUUGGCUGAGAAUGCCCUCACCCGUCUGAGCGGUUGGCUGAGAAUGCCCUCACCUGCUAUUCACUGAAGCAGUUUCAGAAGGUUUUCUGAUCCCCUAAAGGGUUUCUAGCAAGAACAAGUUGGCUGGUUCACGGUUUAAGGAUUUCAUUCCUCCUUUUCUUGACCACCGCACAUUAAACACAGUCACACUCUGUCUUACUUCACCGUCAAAUGGUCGUGGACUUUGUUAGGUUGGAUUACUUGUGGUUCUAAACCAAAGUACAAUUUGAAAUGCUAUACAUUGUGUAGGCAUGCAAGAGGCUACCCAUUUAUACAUAUAGAAUGCAAAAAGGCUCACUGCAUAUAAACAUCUCAAAUGCAAUAUAGAACUGACACAUGCAUUUACACAUAACUAGAUUAAGCACUACUAUGUCACACAUUAAUUAUGCAGCCAGUAUAAUCAAAUUCAACACUCAAUAGUCUUACAGAACCGUGGCGCCACUGAGCCAGAAAUCCCCCUAGCGCGUGAUGCAAUACAUGUAUGUGUAACGCCACAAUCACCUGCAAAGGUUGUGCAUGCAUGUUCUACUUACACUAAACACACUGCUACAGUAGCAGGUAGGCUAUGUGCUAUACAAUGUAAAGUUGAAGCUAACAUUCCUUAACCACAAUUACCCCAAACAAACUUCUGCGUACACCACAUGAUCCGCUGCCAAUCACAUUAGAUCAAUUCACCCUUGAAUGCAUGCCCAACAUGGACACCAACUGUAAGGAUAUGGCCUCUGCAUCUUCACAUGACCUUCUACGACCUUUAGUUCUUGGCAGCUUCAUAGUAAUGUGUGUCCUAGGUACAUUUUGGAUGUACUACACACCGACAGCCAACAGAUCCUACCCAUGCCCUGGUGUACUAAGGGAAGGGAACCAGACACAGCGAGCUCCCAACCAAACACCCAAGACACAUGACCAGCAUGACAGAUUUCAGACGGAGGAUGGAGUCAAAGAAGCAGAUAUUAUUGUCUUGAUCUGGAUGUGGCCGUUUGGUUUUACAUUUGAUCUGAACUCUUGUGCUUUCUUCAGCAUCAAAGGUUGUCUACUAACAGCAAACAGAAGUCUUUACAACAAGGCGAAUGUUGUGAUGUUCCAUCACAGGGACAUCGCCAGUGACCUGAGUGAUAUGCCAAAAGAGCCACGACCAUGGUUCCAAAAAUGGGUUUGGUACAAUAUGGAGUCACCAACAUACACACAAAGGAUCCCAGGUCUUGACCACUUGUUCAAUGUAACUGCAAGUUAUCGACUGAGUUCUGAUGUUUAUGUGCCUUAUGGGUCACUUGUUGAAGUGAGCAGUGAUGAUAAAAGCUUUGAGCUGCCAAAGAAAGACAAAUUGGUCUGUUGGGUUGUAAGCCACUGGAAUCCAAACCACAAGAGAGUACCGAUCUUCAAUGAGCUAAAUAAACAUGUCAAGAUAGAUGCAUUUGGGCGACACUUUGGAAAAUACAUAGAGGACAAGGCACAGAUUGUGUCCAGCUGUAAAUUCUACCUGGCAUAUGAAAACUCUAUCCACCAAGACUACAUUACUGAGAAGCUGUAUGAAACCUUGCACUCAGGAUCUGUGCCGGUUGUUCUUGGUCCACCCAGGCAAAACUAUGAAGCUGUUGUCCCAAAGGACUCUUUCAUUCAUGUGGAUGACUUUCCUUCACUGAAGGAACUGGCAGAUUGGCUUAUUUUCCUUGACAAGAAUGAAACCCAAUACUUAAAGUACUUUAGCUGGCGGAAAAAUUAUAAAGUACAUUUAAUGGACUUUGGAAAAGAACAUGCUUGUCGAGCGUGUGGCUAUCUUCAACAGAAUAAAGGAUACAGAAUUGUUCAGAAUCUUAAUACAUGGUUUUGGGGCUAAUGGGUCUUCUUGCUGUAGUCCACAAUGCUGAAUAAUGCACAGUACAGUUGGGACUUAUAGCGCAAUGAGCACAAAUUAUAAUGGCCAAUAAAAGUCCCU